CGUGAACAAACUAGGAUGGACGGCUGGACCGUCAAGACUCAAAAAGGCUACCCCGCAAGGGUCCUGGAGUGUUGCCCGACAAGGAAAUCGCUGCGAGCACGACCAUUGGGCAGACAAAACGCGAUGGAGAUGGGCGGACACUUAUGGGGAGAAACCAGAAGCGCUAGGCCUAACUCCUCCAGUGCUUGCUGCAUCCAGGUCCCCGACGCUAGUACGCGAACUCAGAUUUAGCUUUCACGAUAUACGCCGAUCUGCGUUGAACCCCGAGUGAAGCCAAACCCCGUGUUGUAUAAGUAGCACCCGCGGGCCCCAAGGCACGAGAUGGUAGAGCCAUCAACUGUACACCUCAAAACUUGAGACAGCACCUGAGAAGUGAGGCCACGGAUAUACAACUUGCAAGCACCCAGCUUGAGUCGAUAGAUCACAAGUCAGGGUCGGUUAUCACUGAUUCUUCAUCUUCGGAUCCUGGACCCACCGCCGUCAUCAUGCUGUCUGCUUCAACCUUCUCCAAACUCCUCCAGGCCGCAAGCAUCGCCUUUGGCAUCGUGCCCAUUGGCUUCGAGGUGAACUGGUACUACAGCACGGCCUCGGGCCUGUCCUUCUUCCACCUCGACCCCCCAGCGGUGGGUUCCGAGCAUCGCCCCACGGUUGACUGUAUGGCAUCGGUCAUUGGAGUGCGCAACUUCGCGCUCGGCACCUCGAUGGUCGCGGCUGCCCUGAUGCGGGAGAAGAGGACGCUGGGCGUUCUCUACUUGUCCUUUGCGGUGAUUGCGUUUGUCGACGGGGUCGCGACAAACCGUGCGGCUGGCGAAGGGGGCGGCGACCAUUGGAGCUACAUCCACAUUGUGGCCGGGCUGGGCAUUGCGAAUCUGUGGACGGCGGGAUGAGGAUGUCCGGCGCAAGGGCAAAGAGGCGAUCGUGCGGCUAAUAUGGCAUUCUGUAUUGGUUGAUGCCGUUCAGCAGCAGUUGUACUAUCGAUGAGAAUAUUGAGGAGACAAUAUGAGAGAAUGCGCAC